AUGGAGGACAAUUUCGAUUGCGAUUUAUUUAUAAAUAAAGAUUAUGUAGAAAAGGAAUUCAAAUACAAAGAUUGUGUUCAAAAAUAUAAAGCUUCUACAAGCGCUUCAACUGAUUUUGAUUUAACUGGUUAAAUUGUUUGGAGAGCUGCUGAAUAGUUGGCAGAGUUUAUUGUAGAAAAUAAAGAAAUAUUUAGGGAUAAGGUAGUUUUAGAAGUAGGAGCAGGAGUAGGCCUUUCAGGAUUAGUUUGUGCCUAAUAUGCUAAGUAAGUAUACAUUACAGAUGGUAAUGAUAUAGUUUGUGAAUUGAUGGAAAUGAAUGCUUAAUAUGCUUAAAAUAAUAAUGUAGUUAUGGAGAAGUAUUGCUGGGGAGAUUUAUCAUAUUUAGAAAAGAGAAAGGAUAUAAAAUUUGAUAUAAUUAUCGGAGCAGACAUUAUGUUUUGGGAGUCUUCAAUUGAACCUUUGGCUAUUACUUUAAAGCAAGCAUAUGAAUUAUAUCCUUAAAUUUUAGUAUACACUGCUACAAGAGUAAGAGCAAAACAUUCUGAAGAUAGAUUUGAUCAAAGAUUAUAAGAGAGAAAUUUAGAAAGAAUCGUUUUAUAUUCCGAAGGUGAAAACAAAUUCUAUAAAAUAUUUAAUAAAAGCAAUAACAAUGUCCAAGAUUCUGAUUUAUCUAGAUAUGUUAUUCCUGAACAAAAAAGAGCUGAAUUAAAUCAAAAAUAAAGUGAAUGA